AUGGCUAUUGGUCAUCAUGUUCGCUUGUGUUUUUGGCUUGCCAUUGCCAUUAUCUCUACCACUUUGGCUCAACCCAACAAUUAUAUCAUCCACAUGGACUCAACCAUGAUGCCAAAAGCCUUUGCUGAUCACCAUUCAUGGUACUUGGCCACAGUAAACUCUGCACUGAGCAAGUUUAGGCCAAACACCACCACAACCUCCUCUUCUUCUGCCCUCUCUUCUAAACUUAUUUACAGUUAUACUCAUGUCAUAAAUGGGUUCAGUGCAAGUCUCUCUCUUUCUGAGCUCGAGGCCAUAAAAACCUCUCCAGGCUACAUUUCUUCAGUCAAAGACUUGCCAGUAAAACCAGACACAACUCACUCCUCUCAGUUUCUUGGCCUCAGUUCCAAAUCUGGAGCUUGGCCGGUUGCAGAUUAUGGCAAGGAUGUCAUAAUUGGAGUGGUGGACACUGGUGUUUGGCCAGAAAGUGAGAGCUUUAGUGACGAUGGAAUGUCAGAAAUCCCACCAAGAUGGAAAGGUGAAUGUGAGAGUGGCACUCAAUUCAACUCCUCUUUGUGCAACAAAAAGUUGAUUGGGGCAAGGUUCUUUAACAAAGGGCUCAUUGCCCAAAACCCCAACUUGACCAUUUCUGUGAAUUCAACAAGGGACACAGAAGGGCAUGGGACCCACACCUCAUCCACAGCAGCUGGAAAUUAUGUGCCCGGGGCAUCUUAUUUUGGUUAUGCACCGGGCACAGCUAGUGGCAUGGCUCCGAGGGCUCACGUGGCCAUGUACAAGGCUCUUUGGGAAGAGGGUGCUUUGUCUUCUGAUAUAAUUGCUGCCAUUGAGCAAGCGAUUAUAGACGGUGUGGAUGUUUUGUCCUUGUCACUUGGGCUUGAUGGGGUUGCUUUGUAUGAGGACCCUGUUGCCAUAGCCACAUUUUCAGCCUUGGAGAAAGGUGUCUUUGUGUCCACAUCUGCAGGAAAUGAGGGCCCUUUCUUUGGCACCUUGCACAAUGGCAUCCCAUGGGUUCUCACCGUUGCCGCCGGCACAAUCGACCGUGAUUUUGGAGGAACUGCGCAUUUUGGCAACGGAGGCUCCGUCACGGGGUCUACUCUUUUUCCGGGGAAUUCAUCUUCAACCCAAUUCCCAAUUGUUUUCCUUGAUGCAUGUGACAGUUUGAAAAAAUUGAGACAGGUGGGGAAGAAGAUAGUUGUGUGCCAGGACAGAAAUGAUUCGUUAGGCCAACAAGUUUAUAAUGUUUACAACGCAACUGUUGCCGGAGGCCUUUUUAUUACCGACAACACUGACUUGAAGAAGUUCCUCCGAAGCCCAUUUCCCACAAUCUUUCUCAGUCCAAAGGAAGGCGAAGCGAUCAAAGAUUACAUCAACAGCAACUCUCAGCCAACAGCAAGCUUGGAAUUUCAAAAGACACUUCUUGGUGCCAAACCAGCACCAGUUACAGCAAACUACACCUCCAGAGGGCCAUCCCCCAGCUUCCCAUUUACCCUGAAGCCAGACAUUCUGGCUCCAGGGUCAUUAAUCCUAGCUGCAUGGCCUCAAAAUAAAGCGGUAGCCGUGGUGAACAAAAAAUACUUGUUUAGUAAUUUUAAUCUCUUGUCCGGGACAUCCAUGGCGUGCCCGCAUGCAGCAGGUCUAGCCGCUCUUCUAAAAGCUGCAUAUCCAAAAUGGAGCCCUGCUGCUAUUAGAUCGGCCAUGAUGACGACAUCAGACACAUUGGAUAACACUCUCAGCCCCAUUAAAGACAUUGGUGAUGGUUACCAGCCAGCCAGUCCUCUAGCCAUGGGAGCAGGUCAUGUCAAUCCCAACAAAGCCCUCAACCCGGGGCUCAUAUACGACGCGGACAUAGAAGAUUACAUAAAUCUCCUUUGUGCACUGAACUACACCAACAAGCAAAUACAAACCAUCACCAAAUCAGCCUCGAACAAUUGCUCAACUCCUUCCUUGGAUCUUAACUAUCCUUCUUUCAUUGCAUUCUUCAACGCAAACGAUUCGAAGCCGGAUGUACAAACCGCUCAAGAAUUCCGGAGGACAGUGACCUACAUAGGAAAGGGACAGUCGACCUACGUUGCAAGCGUUACACCCUUAAAAGGGUUUGAGGUUGCAGUAGUUCCAAACACAUUGAAGUUCAAGGAGGAGGGUGAGAAGCUGAGCUUUGUGCUGAGUAUAAAAGGUCCAAGACGAACGAAGGAGACUGUGGCUUUUGGUUAUCUAACUUGGGCGGAGAGUGGAGGUGAACAUGUGGUGAGAAGCCCCGUCGUGGCCACAAACCUCAGCUCAAAAACGGUGUCGCGGCAGAGCUAA